UUAAUUAUGUCUUAUAACAACAGUCGAGAACGAUAUGUUUACAAAGGGAUGGAGCCUUGAUCUCCCUCCUCUCCAUCUCCAGAGCGGAACAGAGAUCAAGGUUGAAAUUAUUCAGAUAAGUUGUGCAUUAGAGGUAACUCUCAUAUUUCCAGUUCAUAUAAAAAUACAAGGCCUAGAGAAGUUCGGAAAGAAAGUACAUAUAAGAAAGAGAGGACUGUGCGACUCAGUGAUAAAGAUUAUGAUAGUCACAACCAUUCCUAUGCAAAGAAUAGUUUCCAUGCCACAUCAAGCUAUUAUCACACUCCUCAUGAACCUAUUGACUGAUACUCAGGAUAUAAUCCGAUGGACCUCUACGAUAGGUUCUCGGAUAAUGUCACGAAAAAUAUUGAUCUGACUAAGAAUGAGUCAAUGAAGGAGAAAGAAGAAGAAUACUGCUCGUUGAUGGAAGAAGCUCAUGACCAAACUAUUGGCAUUCCUGUCAAGAAACCUAAAGGAAACGAUACUUUAUUUUCCUUUAGGAACAAACCAACUUUUCCUUCAAAAAUUAUUCCAGUGGCAGAAAAAUUUGAUCAGGAUAACUUUGAUUUAGAAUCUGUAGAUGAGCUUAUAGGUAUCGAAACUAGAGAGUUUAAUUUCUCCAAGGAUAUCUAUCAUGACCGGAGUUGCUCCAAAUACAGUGCUCAGAGUCAUGAACAUAAUCAGCCUAGAGAAGAGCAUCCUGCAUCUCAGCUCAAGGUGAAUGAGGCAAGGUACAGUGAAAUUCCAAGAAGUUUCAGUCUACAUAAAGAUAUUGAAGAUGCUCAAGGAAUCGAGCUAGCUCCAUGCAAAAAGGAUUAUCCAAGUAGCACAUUUAAUAAUUGAAUGAAUAACAAGAUAUAUGAUUACAAACAGAUAGGGCCGACCAACCUUAUUGAAAAUACAAACCAAAAAGACCCUUUCUCAAUGAUCCAUGAAAACAGCAAAGAUGGCUCAGUAAUAUUCAACCAUACGUUCAACAAUGGUAACAACCACACGAAAACUGAUUCACAAGUAUCGAAUGUAGGUUGGUUGUACAAGACAGCUCCUAAAUACAAAGCUGCCAUUGUUGAUUAUGACAAAUCAAGCAGCCAACAAAACUCGCCUCAGAACCAAGAUAGCUUUAAUCUUAAGGUUAUUGAAAAAGAUCCUGCCCAACAAAGAAAAAUAGAAAUAGAUAUGAUUGUCAGAAACCCGAUAGUUGAGAAAUCUAAUGAACAAUCAUCCACAAAUGAGCAUAUUCUGCACCUGCAUAAAAUGAAAAGUCUCUCUGAUAAAGAGUCUUCGUCAAGAGUCAAAAUCGAGGAAAAGGAGAAUAUCAAGAAAGAUGAUAUUGCUCAAUCAAUUAAGUCUCUACAUUCAAGGAUAGAUUCCAUUCACACAGUACUUUCAUCUAAUAAUCCUCCUAAGGAUGAAGAGAAAAGUCAAGAAAAGCCUAUACACUUUCAUCGGGACUCUUCAGAGUUCAAGAUUAAGAGCCAAAGCAAUUGUGAAGUAAAAAAGUCAGAGAGAAAUUCUGAAGAAAGAAACCCAGUUAAUGACUCAUACAACCAAUUUGAACGAGCCAGAAUUAUUGAGUUUUUAAAAUCAGAACAAGAACUAGAAAAUAAUUAUGGACCAAUUCAUGGAAGACUAACUCCAAAGUUACCAUCAGCCAAUUUGGCAAUUCAAUCAGAGCGUAGUGAUUCCUUGAGAGAGACAGAGAAAUCAGUAGAAAUGGCUGCGAUGUUCCCUCCCUUUAAAAAUAGCGAUAUGCUAUUAAGAAAAUAUGCUUCGAAUAGACCACCCACUCGAGAACCAAAGGUUAAAACAAAAAGAAGCAGAAGUAGAAGCAGCAAAACCAGAAAAAAUAGGUCUAAAUACAAAGUCUACGAGAGACAAAUGAAGUGGCUAAAAGAGAAAAAUAAAAAGAAUGAUUUCAUGAGAAGACAGCAAUACAAAUCUAACAAGAUCGCCACUAAAAGAUCAAAGUCUCCCAAAAACCAGACUAGGCAUUCAACUAGCCUCUGAAGAAGUGAAAGGAGUUCCAAAGGUAAAAAGACAAUCAAAGACAAAACUUUCUGUGAUUUCCUCCAAAGAAAUGAAAUCUGGCAAGAAAACAAAAAGAAAAGAAUAGAAGAAACUACAAUUAGACUACAAAACGCAGAGAAGCAAUUAAUGAAAACCCCAAAAACGAAAAGACGGUCUAGAUCCGAUCGAAAACAGCACAUCAACCCACACAACAUCCCCUCUAUUACCAAAUCCAUCAUAUCUAGCCAAAACUUCUACAACGAAAUCCUCCGCACAAACAGACUCGAAAACCUGCCUUACAAAAACCGUUUCUACUAACCCCAUAAUUUUUCAACAAACCACUAUCUCCC